UAAUUUUUUUAAUUAAUUAAAUUAAUAUUUUUUCAAAAUGAUAAAAUCCAUAACAUUAGAGUUAAGACCCAGACUUCAAAUAUGUAAUGCUUUUAUUCAUUUAAAUAAAAAAGUAAAUUUAACAGAAAUUAAAAUAAAACUUUCAAAGGAAAGUAUAGAAAUAACAAUAGAAAAUAAUACAGUAACUUUUUUAACAAAAUUUGUAAAAUUAAUACCUGAUUCAUUAUCAACUUUAAACAUAACAAAGAAUUGGAUUUGUUUUCGAGCUCAAAUUGUAUCUGAUCCUAUUCUUGGAUCUUCCAAAACACAAAUAAUUACUAAUACAACAAUAAAUAACAAUUUUUUAAAAAAUUCUAUAAAAAAUACUGAAUUAUUUAAUGCAAAUAAGUGUAAUAUAAUGUGUAGUUGCUGCAAAAAUAUUCUUUCUAAAGAUAUACAUAUUAAAAGAGUUUUGCCUGUGCCAAAUAUGAAUUAUGAUCCAGAUGAAUGGUUUUGUUGUAAACAUAAUCAUAAAAAUAUUAUACAUAAUUUAAUUCCAUUACAAUCUGAUAUCUUUUAUGGAUCAUUAUUUUUUAUCAUUCAUACAAGUUUGUUUAAUCAUCAUUUAAAAAUAAAAGAAAAUGCUGUGAUUUGUAAUAGAUGUUUACAAUAUAUAGGAAAAAUUCAUACCGAUACUUCAUUUAAAUUAUGGAGUUGUGCUGUGGAUUAUAAUUUAUUAAAUAAUUCAGAAAUAAAAAAUGCAACAGAUCCCUUUAAUGAUUUUUUGCUUGCUAUUAAAACUUCAAUGACUGGUAUUUUUGGUGAAGAAAUAAUUUUGCAAUGUUUUAUGGGAAAAGAAACUCACUCUCUCAUUUUAAAACCAAUGGAUUGGCAUUUAAAUUUAAUGAUUGAACCUAAGGAAAUUUUGUAUAAUAAUGUUAUAAAUUUGCAAAAAGUAUCAGUUGUAAAAGUAUUAUAUAAAUAUGAAACAAACAAAAAUAUUUCUAAUUCUAUAAAUAAAUCAUAUUGUGAAGUAAGUUUUUUAGUAAUAAAAGCAGGUUUGAAACAUUUAUUAACAUCAACAAAACGAUUUCCACAACUUCAUAGGGUUGCUAUUGAUUGCUAUAUUGGACAUAUAUAUUUAGAAAAUUCUAUAAACAAUAGUUAAUCAUAUUUUUUAUAUUUUUAAAAUAUUGAAAAUUCUAAUAUUUGUAUAAUCUUUGUAUAUU